AGCAAGCGAUACGCUUGCUUUUUUUUAAAUCCUUAAUUGGUCACAUAGGGAGACCAAGGAACGACUUCAAGUCCGACAGCAAGACGUGACAUGAACAUAUCAUUACUUAGUUGUUAAUUUGCUUUGCAAAUAAUUAAAAAUACAUAAAAAAGAAUUAAUCAUUCGAUAUGAUAAAGAUGAAUCCAGUGAGGCGUUCCUUGGAGAUUUCUGAAGACUUGUUGAGUUCUUAAUUUUGUAGAACGAUAUUACGGCCUCUUUAUUUGGAGUUUUAAGCUUAAUGAUUUACAAGAGUUACAUGAUGUCGGGUUGUGUUACUAAAUUUAUAAACAUUAACGCACGUGACCGUACUAUUCUCAAAUACGAUUAUUAGUCAAUCAACACAAAUGUUUUGUAAACUUUGAACAGAAAUAUACAACUUUAGAAAACCACUGUAACCGUAGAUGGGGUCUAAUUAAAACGUACAAAAGAUGAUUCCUGAAAUAUAUUUCAGAAUAUUUUUCUCAUUUACAAUGAUUUCUUUGUUUGCUGUUUGUAAAAGUUUUGAUGAAUACAAACCGGACAUAGCUCGACUUGGUAAAACAAAGAAAUCCAAAAUGGGUGAAAAAACAGCAAUAGGUACUUUCACUAAUGUUAUAACCCAGAUUCAAAAUUUACCAACUAUGGAAUUUGGACGAAAAUUUAGGACUCCUUGUAAAACGGGUAACAAAUGCGGAAAGGUAAUAAAAAGACUUAUGGUACCGAAAUUGGCACAACUGGAAAAUACAAUUAUGGGUAUAAUGAAGGAGCUGUCAAAAAUGCCACCAGGUGCCCGACUACCCGAUAAAUAUACAAAGACCGAACCGAUAAAAUUAUUACUGGAUCAAAAUUAUAAGGAAGACGUAUGCAUGGACAAACUGGAAUCUUGUUUAAAAGAAGAUAAACGACGCAAGAGGAUUCUGAAGAAGUUAUUCUUUAAGAAAUACAACGCAAUGAGACAGGAGCUUAUUGGUUACGGUGGAAGACGACUUUGGGGCGGAGAAGGGAACUUGUUCUAUAAAUAAUGAU